AUGAGUGUAGUCCGUUUUAUGUGUAGACCAUUACUACCAUUGUUGUUACUAUUAAUCGCAUUCAACCAUGUUUGUUACGCGCUGACGAUUCCUAAACAGUUUGAAAAUACCAAAAUCAUUCGUACUUUUGAGGUCAACUCAGGCAUAGCUCGUGAAGAUACUGGCAUUAGAGCAAAGAAUAUUGGUGAUGGAUCAGCAUCAGAGUAUUACUUCUAUUUACCCAACGUUCUCUAUAAAAAUGUUGCCUCUGUCUCUGCCUUUUUAAGAAAGCAAAAGACUGAACUUCAAGUUAGUCUCGAAGGAUUGGAUGCUGAAAAGGAAGUCUAUAUCUACAAGAUUGAUUUAAAGGAACAUUCUGUGCAGCCUAAUGAGGAUGUCCUCUUGGGUAUCAAGGUUGCUUAUACUCAUGUCAUUAAACCUAUGCCUGCCAAAUUACCUCAGUUAGCCCGUCAGCAUACCAUGAUUGCUUUCAACUCUUAUUUCCUUUCUCCUUAUUUUACCAAGGAAAUCAAGACCACUCUCACGACACCAACACAGAAUGUUGUUAGCCACGUUGGUGAUUUAGGAAAGUCAAGUCUUAACGGUAACAAGGUUACUUAUGGUCCUUAUGAAAAUGUAGAGCCUCUUUCUUUUGGCGUAGCUACAUGUCAUUUUGAAAACCUUCAACCCAUCCUGACUGUGCCUAGUUUACGACGUGAUAUCGAAGUAUCUCACUGGGGUAAGAACUUGGCAGUAGAAGAGCAUUAUUCUUUACGUAAUGAUGGAGCAAGUCUCGAAACCAAUUUCAAUAGGGUUCAAUACCAAAUGACAGCUCACAUUCAUUCACAAACAAAUGUACUUAAGGAGCUUUCCUUCAAGUUGCCUCCAAGUGCUCAAGAUGCUUACUUUCGUGAUGAAGUGGGAAAUGUAUCUACCUCUCAUUUCCGUGUAGAAAAUAAGAAUGCUGUUUUAGAACUUGCUCCUCGUUAUCCAAUUUUUGGUGGAUGGAAUUACACUUGGUAUCAUGGUUACAACGCUGAUCUUGGAUCGUUUGUUCGCAAAUCAAAGACGAGUGGAAAGUAUAUCCUGAAUGUCAAAUUUGUGGAGAAUGUGAACGAUAUGGUCAUUGACAAGGCUGUCGUUCGUGUCAUCUUGCCAGAAGGAGCUUCAAAUAUCAAGGUUCAUUCACCUUUCUCAAUUGAUGCUCAAUCUAUUGCUUCUCAUUUUACUUACUUUGAUUCUACUGGACGUGUCAUGGUAGUCUUGGAGAAGAAUAAGGUUGUUCGUGAACAUGAACAGUUCAUUCAGAUUGAAUAUGACUACUCUAUUUCUGAGCUUUUACGCAAACCCAUUGUCGCAUCUACUGCUCUCCUGCUCCUCUUUGUUACUAGUAUCUUGUUUGGCAAAGCAUCCUUCAAUAUUGGCAAAGAACAAAAGAAAAAGACGGAAUAA